CUUUAGAGCUGUUUGCGGGACACACUCAAGCGCCGCGCCCUCGACAGCGGAAGGAGAGAAGCCCCUGGAAGAUCGCAGUCUCCGAAAAAAAAACCUGUUUACCCAGCCAUAUGUCGGCGUGCGGGUUUCGGUAGCUGAGAAGGCUUAUAAAGAGGCGGAUUUCCUUGUAAUAGGCGUGUGGGAAGGCGCAGAGGGAGGGGACCGAAGGAAGAAGAAGAAAAAGAGGAGGGAACUUGACGUGACGGAAAGAGGAAACAGAGAACUUUCAAGAUGAAGAAUAGUCAUUCCCACGGCAUCAUCGUCGCCGUUCUGCAAGUUAUCUUCUUCGUCCUCUUCAUCAUCUUUGCGAAAUACCACCCAGAUGCCGACGCUCGCCAAAACCCCCUGGUCAACGGAACGAAAUUGGAGAACAAACUGUCAAAAUACCACUCAGAUGCCGACAGCCAGAACACCACGUACGAGACGAAUUGGUCUCACACCAAACUCUAUCCGAUGUUCCAAGAUGUCCACGUCAUGAUAUUCAUCGGUUUCGGAUUCCUCAUGACUUUCCUGAAGAAGUAUGGAUUUUCCUCCGUCGGCAUCAACUUCCUGUUGGGCGCGACGUGCCUGGAAUGGGCGCUCCUCGUCAAUGGAUUCUUCCACUUGCACUACAACACAAUCAUUAUCGAUCUCAAUUCUCUCCUAGCUGCCGAUUUCACUGCCGCCGCGGUGCUCAUUAGCUUCGGCGCCGUGUUAGGGAAGACGACGCCGACGCAGCUGAUCAUCAUGGCCUUGAUUGAGAUUCCCAUCUUCGUCAUCAACGAGGUCAUAGGCAGGCAGUAUCUCGGGGCUAUUGACAUGGGUGACUCCAUGUUCGUCCACGCCUUCGGUGCCUACUUCGGGCUGGCGGUGAGCUUCGUUCUCUACCGCGACGACCACAGCACGGAGAAGGAAGGGUCGUCGUAUAGGUCCGAUCUGUUCGCUAUGAUCGGCACGGUCUUCCUGUGGUUGUACUGGCCCUCGUUCAACGGCGGGGCGGCCCCUGGAGACGACCAGCACCGUGCCGUCAUCAACACCUACAUGGCCCUCUGUUCGUGCACCCUGACCACCUUCGCUAUCUCCUCCCUUGUCGACAAAGAAAAGAAAUUCAAUAUGGUGCACAUUCAGAACAGCACCCUGGCCGGAGGUGUGGCCGUUGGAACAGCAGCCGACCUCAUGAUCCAUCCUUGGGGCGCCGUCCUUAUUGGAAUGCUCGCAGCCAUCAUUUCGGUCCUUGGCUAUACUUAUCUCACGCCUUUCCUGGCCUCCCGCCUCCGGAUCCACGACACCUGCGGCGUUCACAACCUCCACGGAAUGCCUGCGAUCCUGGCGGCCGUCGUGGGCUGCGUCGCCGCCGGCUUCGCCUCCGAGGAGACCUAUGGGCCCAGCCUGUACGAAAUCUUCCCGAACCGCGCUCCUGAAGAAGGCACUGAGGAAUUAGAGCGCCUCCAGACCAUCCUUCCCGAUCUGGCGGCCGGCUCAGGCUACUCGGCAGGAGGCCAAGCAGGGAACCAGAUCCUCGCUCUCCUCAUCACGCUGGUCAUCGCCGUCAUAGGAGGGGUCAUCACAGGCUCCCUCCUCAGGCCCGAAAUCUGGGGAAGACUUCGCACAGACGAUCUUUACGAAGACGAAAAAUACUGGAUAAUUGAGGAGGAGGAAGAGGAACACCAGAUGAGCAGCGUGCACAUCCCUAUGACGUCACCAGCUGAUAACGGAACAUCUAAGUAGAGAGAGAGAGAAAAAAAACACAAGUUGGAUUUGUAUCUUCGAAGCGCAUAUGUUGUUUUUUUUUGUUUUGUUUGUUUGUUUGUUUGUUUUUCCGUUUGAGGAUACAUAGGUAAUAACAGGUGUGUGUGUGUUUGUGAUACUUGGUUUGUGUAUUGCGUGAUAUGUAGAUAUUUGUGUGUUUGUAUGUGUGUGUGUGUGUGUGUGUGUGUGUGUGUGUGUGUGUGUGUGUGUGUAUGUGUGUGUGUGUGCAUAUGGAAAAGAAUGUUGAAUUUGGUUUCAUAUUUUGAUAGCAAAAAAGGGAAUUUGACCUGAUAUUUUUUACAUGGGAAGUUGAUUGUUCAGUUUAGCUUCAUCUUGAAAAAAAAAAAAAAAAUUGACCUCCCUUUUUUACAUAGGAAGUUGACUCUUAACUUUGGAUUCAUGCUUAAAAAAAAGUAAUUUGACUUCUUGUUUGAAUGUUGAAUGUCACUUCGACGCUAACAAGAUUAGAAUAUUAGUGUAGAAGUUAGUAUAUAUCGUGAAUUAAUGGAUCAUAGUAUAAUUUUUCUGUAAAAAUAUGAUUUGAAUGAUGAUAUAUUGUGUGAUAAUGUGGAUCUAAUUAAAUAAAUAGUCAUGGUGAUGAUAAUGAACAAUUUAAUGGAGGAAAACUUUUAAAUAUACAUUUAUCUUCGGAUAUAAAACUACACUUCUGGAAAUUUUAAUGACUAUAAAUAAACUUACAUAUAUGUAUGAAAAAAAAUAUAUAAGUGUGAGGUAUCUUUACACGAUGCUAAAAUUAUUAACCUAAAUAUUGGGACGGAUUUUAAAGCAUUAAGCAGAUAUACUCAUAAAUUUCUAUGAAGUUAGAUAACUUUACUUUUAAGGAUAAUGACUUUAAUGUAAUUUCGUUAGGGUAACGUGCCAGUAUACUUUAUAUAAAUUUUAGAGUAUUUGCAUCAUUUUUUUUUCUCUUUUUUUUUUGCUCUUCAAUUUAUUAUUAGAAAUAGGUGUGGAAGACGUUUUAAUUUUGAUUUUUUGUAAGAAUUAUUCUGUGGUGUGAUGGAUGAGAGGAUUGAAUAUUUUCUGAUUUUUUUUAUACUUGUGUGUGAUUACUUUUGAAUGGAAAAUGUAAAAGACAGCAAUGAUUUUAGAUAAAUUACUAAGCUGUAAGCUUAACUUUGUUAUGUGCAAAUUAUUUUUUUAUUAAGUCAAAUGAGCAGAAUAAUAAUAUCAUAAGAUUUAUGAUUCUAUAUUCGAGAAAACUGUACUUUUUAAACUGAACAAACGAAAUAUUAUUUUUUAUUUCUCUUUUUUCCCGGUAAACAAAAAACAUACCAAUAUUGAUAUGUCUUUUUUUUAACUUUCCAGAUUUAAACAUACCUCCUUUUAGGUUAUUCUAUGAAUCCAUGUUUUUUUUCCGAAAUAACCAAAGGAAGUGUUAAUGCAGGAUUACAUACCAAGAUAUUUUGAAAUAACCUUUUCACAUGUAGGCCUAUUAGUCAUUCUCUAGAUUUACUUGUAUCUUUCUAAACCCAAAUCAAUAAAGAUAUAAAUAAA